ACUGCUCCCUGUCUGUUGUUAGGUUUGUCCCUGUCUUUCACGUUGGUCAGUAGGUGUCGCAACGUAGUUUUAGGUUUGUGGGCUACACGGAUGUUGUAGGGCUGUAGGAUCAGUGAGAUGGUCUCAGAAGUACCCUUACCUUAAUGUAAGGUAUAGUCACUGUAGUAACAGGCAUUGGGUUCCUGUUCGUUGCAUCAGUUUCAGUGGGUCGGUAAAUGUUUCGUAUAAUAAAGUCAGCGUUGUUGUUGCGGCUUACUAAACAGUCUAGAAAAGGAAGUUUUCUAUUUCCUCGAUAUCUUUUGUAAACUGGAUGUUGGCAUUCUGUUUGUUUAGGUGGUCGUGAAAAUCGUUAACUUCAUCCUCUUUAGUAAACUGGAUGUCGGCGUUCUGUUCGUUUAGGUGGUCAUGAAAAUUGUCAAUUUCGUUCUCUUUAGUAAACUAGAUGUCGGUGUUCUGUUCGUUUAGGUGGUCGUGAAAAUCAUCAAUUUUGUCCCAAUAACUCUAUUGCCUUGAGAACUUUGCUGACUCUUAACACAAUUUGCACCACACAAUGACACCUUUUUUCCUUAUGAUGUAAACAAAAGCUUACUUAUUUCCACUGCAUGUUUUUCAGGAGUAAUUGUGACCCUACGAUCAGAGAAGAAUUGCGUACUCACUACCAGUUACCAUAUUUCUUGCCAAGCCAAUCAGAGACCAGCGAACAGGACUGGAUCUUUAUGGGAGGACCGGGACCUGGAGCUCAGAUACAUAUUGAUAGUGUAGACCGUCCAUCAUGGCAGGCGCAGCUGUCAGGCCAAAAGACCUGGACUCUGAUCCCUCCCCCAGAGUGUGAACAAGUCUGUCAGCCCAUAUUCACAACAACAAUGAACAAGGGAGAAGUCAUUGUUGUGGACACAAAUCAGUGGUAUCAUUCAACACAGGUUUUGCCAGGAGAUCUCAGCAUUACCAUUGGGGCAGAAUAUGACUAGAAAAAGAAACAACAGUCCCUAAAUUAUGCAUGUUUUCACCAGCAUUCCCCUGAGGUCUAAGAACCCUCAGGCCAACCAUCAAUAUUUGGAGGGGGUGCAGAGGAUCUUUGCCCCGGGAUAGGAGACAGUUCAAGACUUCCUUUGUUAUAAGUUUUAGAGAUUUUAAAAGGGGAAAUCACAAGAUUGUAAUUGAGGAUAAUUUAAGGAGGAUUGUAAUUGAAGGGAAGCAUAAACCAGGUGACUUUGCUUUUAAGAUUUUGCCAUUACUGGGAAGAUAUCUUCCUUUGCUUUGCUUUUUUAUGACCUCAGGGGAAGCUGGUGACACAUGCUUAUGAUAAACGAAAAGUAAAGGUGUUAAUCCAUUAUGCACCUGAAAACUCAACUUUUUGUGCAAUGUCUUGACCAGUUACAAGAAACUUAAUUGUUUCACUGUUCUUUCCCAGAUAUAUAAUCUGAACAUGUCCAGAUUUUUGAUAGUAUCAACCUAUUUUCCCCAUCAGAAUGCUUUUGUUGAGGAAAAGGUUAUUGUCAUUCAGAAUGCUUUUAUUAAUAAUCCAUUUUACAGUAUUUUGAGGUAUUAAUAAUCUGUUUUAUUAUAUGGCUAGCUCCAUGAGCGGGCAAGAUGAAUCAAAUCCUGCACUGUGAUUGGCUACCUGAGUGGGCAAGAUGGAGCCAUCUUGCCCGCUUGGGACUACCCGUCAUGUCCUGCUUGAAAAAUUUCUCAGAAAGCCAUAUAAUAAAUCCUUUAUUGACCAAGCUUGGUCCGUCAAGAUGGCUGGAUACUGGCCUCAUUCUUUCUC